AUGGCCCUGGAACAAAGCUUGAAAGAAAUCCUCGGCAUGAAGUCCGGGGCUCCCAAAGACUUCGAAGCCUGGCAAUCCCUAGCCAAACCUCCGGAGAUCUAUGACCCCCCGCAGAGAGCAAGAUUUUGCUUGACAAGGUUCGUCUAUUGUGCUGGCAAGUCCUCGCUUUGCUGCUUGAUUCCCCCGGCCCGCCUGUGCUUGGCCCCAUGCUGCCAGAACAGGUUCGCAGACAUCACUCAGUCUGAUGUGUGGUUGGAGCAAAUGCUUCAAGUGCCAAGCCAUCAGAACACCCCGCAUGCGCUGAAAGGCGCAUGGUGGCUGCAAGAGAACAUCGCCGGAGAAGGUAUUUUGACUUUUCACGAUGCCGAGUGGGUCAGUGAAGCAACCGGAAUGAAGAGCUCGAAAGUUAAUUGGACCAUCGAUGCUUGGAACCUCUGGGGCGUGAUCUUGACCUGCAACGGGUACUGGACAGGCGGAGGCCAUCUUUUGGAAAUGUCGCCCGACGGCAAGUGGAUCCACAUUACCUUCGGACCGGGCAAGGCAGCACAUUGGAUCUACGUGAUUCAGCCUGGCGAUGUCUUCAAGACGCCAGAAGGUGAAGUUCUAGAUGUGACCCCUGGGGAGGACAUGAUGCGGAUUUCCCAGGACAGCCUGGACACCAGUUCCAAAAUCACGUUUCAGUACCUGGUGCGGCGUGUCGCUUACCUCGACGAUAGCGGCAAGCUUGUGAAGACGCCCAACUAUGACAAGCUGAUGAAGGUCGCCAAGAAGGGUUCUCAGUUCUGUUGCUUUGAUUGCGGUGACGCCAAACUCGAUGCAAUCCAAAGGACGCAGAACUAUAGGGUCGCCACGCCACCAGCGCAGGUGACUAUGAGUGAAAGUGUGUAA